AUGGAGCUGCCGUUGCUGCUGCUCCAUCCUCUCCUCCUGUUCUCUCAGCUGUUGCUCGUUACCUCCGACGUCCCCACUCACGGUAACCAUUUCGUCUCACUCCGGUCUUCCCCGAUUUUUACUUCUGUUCUGGUUUUGUUAUGGAGAAGUAUGGCGAUUCUGCGAGCUUAGAUUUAAUUCGGACGCGCGAUUAUCUCCUGAUGUCUAUAGCUUUGGCAUUUUUAUGUGAGGUCAACGUGUUCUCAAGUUUUUAUCGUUUGAGACUAUGUUUUCUCUUCUAUUAUAUUUGGGCGGAUCUGUUUCCUUUUGCCGUCAUAAUGUCCAAUGGCUUCCAGACGUAACGGCGUCCUCUGUCGCAUCAUCGGCCCCUUUUCUUUUUUUUCUGAGAAUUGCAAUCGUGGUUGUUAUUCUUUUUUCACAAAUUCGUUCUUCAGGUUCCUCUCUAUCCUUCUCCUUGUAGUCUUUCUUAAAAUUUUAGAGGAGAACUUCAGUCCAUCUCCCCGUGUCGAUGCCAAUUGAUGAGUUCAACUCUCGUUUGAUAGGUGAAUCCAAUUUUCCGUUAGGCGGACUAUUUAGAGAGUCCUUAAAAUCGUAAAUUGUGAACGGGCGCAAUUUGACUUUCAGGGUGUUACUGGACCGAAACCUGUCAAAGCAAAUGGGUCGGAGGAUGUGGAGCUGGACAUUUGUUGGUGGACCAGUCCAAUGAGUGCGGUGGACUCUGUCCAGAGUCCAAAUAUCCACCGUGCCUUCCUUUCCACACUCAUUGCUACUGCUGCAUACCAGGUGAUUUUGCAUCUGAAUGUCCACGAAUCAUCUAUUUGAACUGUUCUCCAUAGUCGUGAAACGUCAUUAACCAAGAAAGUUCACAACCUGUCAUUAAUAAGGAGCAUCUAUUGCUUAUCGAGUCCGUCAGUUUCUCUUUGCAUGAAUGGUAUCAUUCACAGUUUAUUUUCUCAAUUUUUAAUAUAUUUUCUUAAUCCAUGGAUAUCUAUAACUUGUAAAAAAAUGGAAGAACAUUCGUCUUUAGGAAUUAGUUAAGGAUUUGUGAGACCGGUGACUCAUAAGAUUUCAGUUCUAAACUAUUAAAAACCAGAUGUGUAGAAUGCUUAUUUUUAGCCAUCGAUCCAUCAUGAGAAAGAUGCGUUUUGCCAAUACACAGGAAAUUCUUCGUUAAGAAAACGUAUAAAAUGAAGCAUUUUGACUGCAAAUUUCGUCAUUUUCUUGUCGUUCUGUAAAAUUUUAGACAUCAUUUUUUUUCAUUAAAAUGAAAUAUCUCAUGUUUUACUCCAUAAUUACAGCGUUCCAUUGCAUAUUAAAAUACUAUAUCUGUUUCCAUGCCUUUCUGUAAAACCACCAAUUGGAUGCGCUCACUUCUAUUUCUAUUUCUACCCCUCUCAAAUGUUACUCCUUGUGGUAGUAUUCUCUUUUCUGAGGUAUUUUAGGAGGCCAGCUAUGUUCAGGAAGUGAAAUUUACCAUCAGCCAACGCAGGAAGAAAUCAUAAAAUAUUUAACCUCUUUUUGACCUUUCCUCAUAUAUCCGGGUACUUCACUGUAUACCUUAUGAAGUACAAAAUGAAUCGUUUGAAUUUUGUAAGUCAAUAGGUAAGUUUGCUUUGUAUUAUUCACAGGAGUGUCUGUAUGUGUGUGCGUUCGUAAAUAUCAAAGUGUGUUUAUUAUUUAUUAUUAAAUGUUUAUCUUAGUUUACCCAACAAAGGAGCUCUUUAUGUUAUGCAUUAAUUUUUUCACAAGCAGAAAGCCCAACGGUGACAGACAGAUGCAUGAAGUGCAGAAACAAGUUAGACUUUGGGGACGAGUACUUAUGUUGUACAGACUGCUCCGAACCUUUUCUCAUAGACACGAGUAGUAAAUUGGGAUACUGCAAAACGGGGGCAAAGCUUUCAGUGCAGUUAAAACCGCAAGGUAUCCAUAUUUCAUGAUUUCUUAUUUUUUGUCACAUUUACUAUCGUCUGAUUCAUAGACUUAUUUUUCCCACUGUGACUUGUGGAUUCUUUCACGAUUUUCUGUUUCAUUUCGUAAUCAAAUGACAUAUAUAUAUAUAUAUAUAUAUAUAUAUAUAUAUAUAUGCUUGGCACUGCACAGAAAAAUUCAGGUGGGUAGUUGGGACUUGGAUGAAGUGUUCAUCUCCUUGCGAUGGUGGAAUCCGUUAUAGAGAUGUUGAUUGUUUUGGAAGCAUGGAAGACACAUCCAUUAGGCAUUUUGCUGUCGAUGACCGCAAGUGCUCUGGGCAGGAUAUGGUGAGCCAUUUUUAUUUUUCCAUCAUUAUCUUAUGACUGAAAUCUUACAACAACGUAUCCUAUUUGUGGUCUGUCUGCCUGUUUGAUAAGAUUUGUUAUUCUGUUUUGCAGUCAUUAGAGAUUAGUUAUUUUUAUCGACGUGAAUGAACUGGUGAAUUUUAUGCAUAUACUGGUAAUCUGAUUCCUGAGGAAAAGUUAGAUAUUCUGCUACAACGAAUUUUCCUUUCAAUAAUCUUGACUGUGCACUUAGUACAUGAAAAAAAAUCUUGAUCUGCAGUAACUAUCAGUUCUGAAUAAAACCUGAGUGAAAGAUGGCCAAGCUUUAAAUACGGGGCUUGCUAACUAGGGCUUUUCCGCGCUGGUCUCAUAUCUAUAACUUUUAUGCGAAGUCUAUUUUUCUGUCAGAUAUUCAGGGGAGUACUUCCGGGGUUUUUAUAUCAGGGAUUUCCUCCUUUAGCCACAAAUUUCUGGCCUUUUGUUAGUAUAUUUCCAAUGAGCUUACUAGUUUCAGAGUGUUCUGUUAGCAUCUGAAUAUUGAAUGUUCUUGAGGAGGUUCCCAUCAACAUCCUAUGUGGGUGGUCAAAGAGGGCCAGAUAGAAAAGGGUUACGCUAGAAAUAUUUCCUCUUUUGUGUCCCAAACCCAUCAGGGAAAGAUCGAAGUUCUUAAGGAAACGCUUGGUACAGGCUGAUGGGGUGUGACCAAAGGAGCACCAAAGUCGGCCAUCGUGCAGUAAUGAUUGUACUGCCAAUCUCUGUAUAGUGCCAGUCUUUUUGAGAUGACAAUAAAUGGAUUCAUUUUUUUGAAACUUCAUUUGAUGGUAAUUAUUUUGAAAUGUUCAAAUUAAAUGUGCAAAUUUUCCUGUCAUAAUUGAAAACUCAAUGGACCAGAAGCAUAGAAAGUUUGAUAUACUCAAUGGUAAGAACUGCAAUUUCGUACAUUUAUGGCUAUUGAUUCAAAGGACUCUUGAGAAAUUAAAGUGGAAAUUUUUUAUUUCCAUUUUCAUAAGAAAUAAAAAAUGCAGCCAAAUAAAGAGGUUAAGGUUUCUUUAAGUGGCAGGUCGGCUCCACAACGCUUGUGAUUCCUGGGCAUGUAAGAACAUAUUGUAAAUCAGAUUAGGGGAUCUGGAGAUCUGUUACCAACUCUGCCAAUCCACACCGUCAGAUGAAAUGUGUUUGUUCGUGAUGAUUCCAGUCAUAUCCUCUUUUGAUUUGUUGAUAAAGCUAUAAAUUACUUCUCAUGGAUUUCAUUUUGGGUUGAUAUCCUUGAGUUCUCAUCCCAUAGUGUCAGGUUGGUCUCAUUUCUUAUGGUUUUUUUUCUUGGCAGCCUGCCAGACAGGAGCCCUGUAAUGUGCAUAGCUGUGAACCCCUCAGUGAUAGCAGCUCAUACGCAAGUGAGUCAGAUGGCCUGUCGGGUUGGUUAGUCGCAGUCCUUGUCCUCCUCGGUCUUGUGGCUGUCGUCGGACUUGGGUUUGCUGGUUUUACAUUUUAUCAGAGGUAAGGGACCCACCUUUGACCUUUCCAUUCUGUUCUUUUUCCGGUGAAUUUUUCUAUUUGAAAAGAACUUGGCAAUUCAUGAACGUUACAUCUCUCGUUUACAUGGGUGGUAGCUACCCCUCUGCUCCUCUCUCUCUCUCUCUCUCUUGAUCUCUCUCUCUCUCUCUCUAUCAGAACCUUGUCCUUGUAUACUCAAAUCUUCAAAAAAGGAGUAGUCUCCGUCUCUCCAUCUCUCCAAUAUAUUUGUUCAGGGAGGGCUGAUUGUCCCCAUCGUUAUCCCUGCAGGAGGAACUCGUCCCCAAGCGGGUUCGUGUACAUAAUGAUGGAAGGAUACUCCUGA